AUGGCAACUCCCUCUUCCUUUGAAGCGUCCAUGGUGAGAACCAUACAUCUUGGUCAAGGAACUUUGGCAGAUCGACUUGCACAGAUUCCUCAUCAUGUCGGUCUAUGCGCGUCUUCUUUCUAUAUUCUCUACCAAGACUUGAAGCUGACCAAGACUACCUGCAGCCCACAGUACCCCACGGCGAGUCUGGCGACUUUGAAGCCAUGUGGGAUAUUCUUCGUUCGGCCCUACGCGAAAUCCACGAGAAGAAUGCCUCCCAACUCUCCUUCGAGCAGCUGUACCGCGCAUCUUACAAGAUUGUCUUGAAGAAACAGGGUGAUAGAUUAUACGACCGUGUCAAGGAGUUUGAGGAGCAGUGGUUUGGCGCACAGGUUAUGCCAACGAUACGCAAACUUAUCACGAACAAUCUUGUUAAUAUUACUGUCGGGGGACUUUCCGGGACAACGGCCAACGAGAGACGAUUGACCGGCGAGGAAUUCAUGAAAGGCUUGAAGGCAUCAUGGGAAGAUCACAUCACCGUUAUGAACAUGACUACCGAUGUCUUGAUGUAUAUGGAUCGAGUUUACUGUGCCGAUAAUCGCAAAGCCUCAAUAUUCACUACAGCCAUGGGUUUAUUUCGCGACCACAUUCUUCGAUCGCCCCUCUCAGCGGUCGAUUCAAAUUUGAUCACCUUCGACAUCUUAAAUUCGGUCAUCCUGGAUCAGAUCGCAAUGGAGAGACAGGGUGAUGUAAUUAACAAGCAUCACAUCAGAUCUUGCGUUUACAUGCUCGAGGGUCUCUACGAAACCGAUGAGGAGAAAGAAGAGGACAAGCUCUAUCUUACCAGUUUUGAGCCCGCGUUUUUGCAAGCAAGCAGAGCUUUCUACGCCCAAGAAUGCCUUGCUCUCCUUCGAGACUCGACCGCCAGCGAUUGGCUACGAAAGACCAAAAAGCGUUUAGCUGAGGAGGAGGCACGGUGUCAAACGACUAUCGCAAACUCAACCAAAGCUAAGAUCACCAAAGUUGUAGAGCAAGAGAUGAUCAGCAAGCAUCUUUCCGAAUUCUUGGUUAUGGAAGGUAGUGGACUGCAAGCCAUGAUUGAAAAUGAUCGAUAUGGUGAUUUGGCAUCGUUGUAUGAAGUAAUAUCUCGAGUCGAUCCCGAAAAGAAGCCUUUAUGUGAGGCGGUUGAGUCCCGUGUGGUAGCUCUUGGUCUUCAAGUGAACAAGGUUAUUGAGGAGACAGAUUUUUCGGCAGCAGGAGCUGAAGACGGCGAGGCUGGAGAGGGUCCAGCGAAGCCGGCCAAGAAGAACUCUGGCGCUGCCAUGACUGCUGGUGCACUGAAAUGGGUUGAAGAAGUCCUUAGACUGAAAAACAAGUUUGACAGAAUGGCAAACGACUGCUUUAACAGCGAUCCGCUCCUUGAACAAUCCAUCACAAAUAGCUUUAGGGCCUUCAUCAACCAGUUUCCUCGUUGCUCGGAAUACGUUUCCCUUUUUAUAGAUGAUAAUCUCAAACGCGGCAUCAAGGGUAAGACGGAGGCAGAGGUAGAUAUUUUACUGGACAAAGCGACAACUUUCAUUCAAUAUAUCCAGGAUAAGGAUAUGUUUGAGAGAUACUACAAGAAACAUCUUGCUCGCAGAUUACUCCAAAACAAGUCCGAGAGCUCCGAAGUCGAGAAGCAAAUGAUCUCGAGAAUGAAAAUGGAAAUGGGCAAUGCAUUUACAAGCAAGUUGGAAGGCAUGUUCAAGGACCUGGCCAUGUCUGAUGAACUUACCGCCGGUUACCAGAAUUACAUCCGCAAUCUUGGAGAUCUGGACAGAAAGCAGAUUGAUCUUAAUAUCAGUGUGCUGACCACCAACAACUGGCCCACGGAUUCGAUGGGUGGAGGCAGCGCAGAGAGAGAGGAAAAUAGAAAGUCUUGCAAUUGGCCACCCGAAAUUACCACUCUUCAGGAAUCCUUCAAGGCAUUUUACUUGAAAGAACGAAAUGGAAGAAUGCUGACCUGGUUGGGUUAUCAAGGAAAUGCAGAUGUCAAAAUGGAAUUUCCAAAGAUACCUGGAAAAUCCGGCACACGCUCAUUUCUGAUGAAUUGUCCGACCUACAGCAUGUUGAUCUUGCUACUGUUCAAUGACCUUGCAUUAGAUGAGACGAUUUCGUUUGAGGAGAUUCAGGAGAGAACCAAUAUCCCAACCAACGACCUCGUGAAAUCGCUAUACACUUUGUCUGUCGUACCAAAGGGCAAAGUUUUGAAUAAGCACCCCAACAAUAAGGAGAAGCCCAAGAAGGGUGACGCCUUUUCUUUCAAUCCAACCUUUACGAGCAAAGCUAUCAAAUUCAAGGCUCCUGUAAUUUCUGGUCAGAUCAGCAACAAAGUGGAGGGUGAGGAUGAGCGGAAACAGACCGAAAAGGACAAUGAUAAGAGCAGAAGUAUUAUGAUUGAUGCUACAAUUGUCCGUACCAUGAAGUAAGUAAAAUCCAUUCCGUGAUGUUUGGACAGAGUAUUAAUCGUUCAUUUCGCAGGGCACGGCAGACACUAUCACAUCUUGAUCUCUUUACGCAGGUCAUUCAGCAGCUUGCCUCACGCUUCAAGCCGGACAUCCCAAUGAUGAAGAAACAGAUUGAGUCGUUGAUUGAGAGAGAAUACAUGGAGCGAGUUGAUGGUGCGGAAACAGCCACUUACCGAUACCUUGCAUAGAACGAUGAUGAUGGGGAAUUCUGCUUUUCGGAGUUGGGGCGAAGAGUGGCAUUUGUUUUUUUCAUGCCCCCCUCUUUUUAUAUUUUGAUGAUGAUGCUGCUGCUUCUUUGAGCGAAAGUCAUAGCUUGCGAUGCGAUGCGAUACGAUGCGAAUGUGCAAAUCUGGAAAGGGACAAAUACUUUUUUUGUAAUUAGAUCUCUUGACAUCUUUCUUUUUCUUUCUUUCCUCUACGGGCGCAAAACAAAAUCUGGUUUGGGAGUCUGCGGGGAUCCUUUUCGCAUGGCAGAUUUGGGAAUCAUGCAUGGCGUUCUUAGGUGAGGGGUGGAUGGGCAUAUUCGUUUUUUGAGGAUGUGUUGAUUCGGCAUCCUGAGAGUACAUAGAGAGAGAGAGAGAGUAUUUGGUGGUAGGGAAUUCAAGGAAUAUGAUGAGUGUGUAGAA